AUGAGCGAGGUGGAUGCCAUUGGUACUAAGAACUUGGACUUCCGCCGAAAGUGGGACAAAGAUGAAUAUGAGAAACUUGCAGAGAAGCGGCUCACCGAAGAGAGAGAAAAGAAAGAUGGCAAACCAGCUCAGCCCGUCAAAAGGGAACUUCUGCGGCACCGAGACUACAAAGUGGACCUGGAAUCGAAGCUGGGGAAAACCAUCGUCAUCACCAAAACUACCCCUCAGUCAGAGAUGGGAGGGUAUUACUGUAACGUAUGUGACUGCGUGGUGAAAGAUUCCAUUAACUUCUUGGAUCACAUCAAUGGCAAAAAACACCAGAGAAAUCUGGGCAUGUCCAUGCGGGUGGAGCGCUCCACGCUGGACCAGGUGAAGAAACGCUUUGAGGUGAACAAGAAGAAGAUGGAGGAGAAGCAGAAGGACUAUGACUUUGAGGAGAGGAUGAAGGAACUCCGUGAGGAGGAGGAGAAGGCCAAAGCCUACAAGAAGGAGAAGCAGAGAGAAAAGAAAAGGCGGGCGGAGGAAGAAUUGACAUUUGAAGAGGAUGACGAAAUGGCAGCUGUGAUGGGUUUCUCUGGUUUCGGCUCAACCAAAAAGAAUCACUGAGCAGCUCUGGACUCUCCUCUUUCUUGAAACAGAUUGUUUUUACCCAGGGGACUCUGGAUAUCUCUUAAAAGACUUGAUUGAGGACUUGUAUGUAAAUGUCCCAGUAGAAGUUGGCUGGAGGAGUCGAAAAGCGAUUCCAUGCUCUACCUGCGCUGCAGAACAAGCUCCGCCUGUCAUUAGCUUCCCAUCUCCUUCUGUGUCCUAGAUCUGGCUGCUCAUCACCGCUCUGUGGCCUCGCGUGUGCAGGGAAGUGUUCUGCUGGGUACGUUUUCGUGUCAAUAAAGUGCAACAGUUCUGUA